UUGCGCACUGGCGGUGCAGCGAGACGUGCUUUAAGGUGACUUUAAGAGCGGUGUUGUUGAGUUUAUUUAUAUUUUGGCCGAUAUCUCCAGCCGGAGGAGGAGGAGUGAGUGAGGAGUGAGUGAGGAGUGAGUGAGUGAGGAGGAGCAGAAUGAGCCGGGACGAGGUGAACGCUGAUUUCCAUGAGCAGCUCCGGCUGCAGCAGCUGCUGGACGGCCCGGGGGGAGAGGCCGGCCCCGCUCCCGCUCCCGCUCCCGGCCCCGGCCGCAGCCGCUCCGACAGCUUCGUGGACGCGGACGGCACCGAGUUCGAGUGGGACGGGGAGAGGAAGGCCUGGUUCCCCAAGAUCACUGAAGAUUUUCUGGCCACAUAUCAUGCAAGCUACGGUUACUUUGAAGAAAGCCCUGUGAAUUCCGGCACUGUAACCCAGAAGACAUCUGCUGCUCUGCGGAAGUCUUCACAGAAUAAUACAGUUCAGAAUGAUCCGAAAGAAACAAAGCAUAAAGGAGAAAAGAGAAAAGCUGAUACGGGCUGGAUUGAUGUUGAGGAGCAGAAGAACACAAGUGUGUAUGUAUCUGGGUUACCUCCAGACAUUACAAAUGAUGAAUUUGUGGAGCUCAUGUCAAAAUUUGGGAUUAUCAUGCAAAACCCUGAAACAGAAGAGUAUAAGAUAAAAUUAUACAAGGACAAGGCUGGAAAUCUCAAGGGAGAUGGUCUCUGCUGCUACUUAAAGAAAGAAUCUAUCGACCUGGCUCUCAAAUUUUUGGAUGAAACUGAAGUGAGGGGAUAUAAGCUGCACGUAGAAGCUGCCAAGUUCGAAUUGAAAGGACAGUAUGAUGCCAGCAAAAAGAAGAAGAAAAGCAAAGAUUACAAGAAGAAAUUGCUUCUGCAAAAAAAGCAGCUGGAUUGGAGACCAGAAAGAAAACCUGGCACUUCACGAUUACGAUGCGAACGAGUCGUAAUUCUUAAGAACAUGUUUCAUCCAAAGGAUUUUGAGGAAGAUCCAUUGGUUUUGAAUGAGAUCCGAGAUGACAUUCGGCUGGAAUGUGAAAAAUUCGGUCAAGUCAAGAAAACACUUGUAUUUGAUAGACACCCUAAUGGUGUAGCCUCCGUGGCAUUUAAAGAACCAGAACAAGCAGAUCUGUGUAUAUCGAUGCUUAAUGGAAGAUGGUUUGGUGGGCGCCAAAUAACUGCUGAAACAUGGGAUGGUAUCAUUGAUUACCAGAUUGAAGAAACUAUAAAAGAAAGAGAACAUCGAUUGAAAUCGUGGGAGACGUUUUUGGAAGUUGACCCAUCCUCUGUUAAGCCUGCUGAUGAACAGAAGAUGACACAGGCAAGCAGCCAAGUGCCUGUGGAAAUCUCAGCUCCUCCAGACAAUAACACAAAACUGUUGGAGGGCAAUGGAAAACUGUCAGUGGACAAUGUAACGCCUUCAAAGGAUAAUGAAAAACCAUCACUGGACAGUACAAUGCCUUCAGAGGACAAUAGGAAAACAUCAGGGGACAAUGAAGCCCCUUCCAGAGACAGUAAACCUCAAGGUGUGAUUGAUUCCGUGUCUGAGGCAGGAGAGGCUGAAGGAGCGUGGAAUGAAGAUAAUUUAUCCACGGACAGCAGCAUCGAUGGAAGUGAUGAUGAUGCAGAAGAGGAGCCAUGAAUUCUUAGUAGGACCCUUGGUUUUAAAUGACUGCUGAAAAACUCAGUUUUAACUGGAAUGUUGUGGCUGAACAUCAGAUAUGCAUUUUUUUAAAUUGCCAAGUUGUUUGCUGUAAAUUGGAAAAAAGCUUCUUUAAUAUGGUUAAUAUUUUGUAACAAAAAUGUAUUUGUUGUAAAGAAUGGUGCCGUUUUAUGCUCAACUAUAUUCAAGAUAAACUCUUAGCCAUUCUGGUAGCUCGUCCAACUAAUUAAUAACCAUCGCCCUUUGGUAGAAAUGCAUUCUGGGGUAAAAUUACAAAGUUUUUUUUUGUAGUUUUUUCUUCAUUUCUCCAGGUUGCCUAAAAUGCAUGUGUCUUGUCUUGCUGUAUAUUCCACUGAGUGCAGGCAGUCAUUGGCAGUGCCAUCCAAGUCACCAUUUUCAUACAAAAUUGAGCAGCAAAUUUUGACAAACUCCAAUUGUGUGGGAUGCCGCAGCAGAGUGCAGAGCUCUCCACAUCGCAUUUCACUCCAUCUAUCAGUGGGAGUCACUGAGUAGCAGUAAGAAGUAAAAACCAUGGGUGAUGUUUCUCCCUUUCCUUCCUCUCUCCUCAUCCCAGCCUCACCUAGAGUUGAAUUUAUUGACCUACUGCUACAAACGUGUAGAAAUGACAGACAGGAAAUAAUCCACUGGUACAUUCAGUUUGUCCCACAAAUACAUCACAAUAUAUACACUCUACACCCCACCUGAAGUCAUGGAAUGUCCUGGGAAAGGAAAAAAAAACUCCAGCCAAUUUGGGAGGGGAGGGAUUUCCUCAAUAAGGCAGUGGCACACUUUGUGACACAAAACUGUUUAGAGGGAACUUUCUGGAAUGUAGUCAAAGCUGCAGCCUACAGUUGGUAGGAUCACUUCCAAGAUUAAAAGUUGGCAACUUGUGACUCUUUUUGUGGUGAAAUUAUUCUCUUUAUAAGUAAAUGAAAAGUAAGCCAUUGGUAUGUUUUAACAGUAAAUACCAAGUAAAAACUCACCAUUUAAUUAAGAGGUGAAUGACUCCUGUACAUAUUUUGGAAUAAACUGGGUACUUAGUUGACUUUGCUGAGCAGAAGAAGCCAUAAUGGUAGGGUCAUUCCUUUGUCUCGCAUCUCUGGUGGGUACAUUUUGCUGUGCAGAAUCUGGAAAAAAAGAUUAGUUUUUGAUGAUUUGAGUGACAGCAUCAUAUACUUUAACAAUUAAAAGUACGUAGAAUCAUUUCUGGAUACAUUUAUCAAAUCAAAAUAUUAAUAUUGGUAAGGUUCCAGAGUUUUGUUGACUUGCUCAAACUGCCAGUAUCUCUCUGGUGAGAGAUUUUAUUCUGCCCUAAAUUCCUCAAUUCCUUCUCUACUGUUUUUUGCUUGUGAAUUGAGCACUUCACAUAUUGCUCCUUGCUUCAGGCUUUUAUAGCGUUUCUCUUCUGGGACAAGUUUGAACAUUUUGAUCAUUGUUUAAUUGAGAUGCUGAUUGGAAACAUGUUUGGUUCCACAUGUGAUCGAUGUGGAUAACUUUGCUCAAGGCACUGUCUUAAGCCUCAGAACUUCAAAAAUAAGCCCAGAAAUUACUCAGCGGGCCUGGCAGCCUUUGUGGAGAGAAACAGAGGUGAUGAGAAAACCUUCUGAUAGAAGGUCAUACACCUGAAACAUUAACUGUGUUCCUCUCCACAGAUGCUGCUAUACCCGCUGAAUAUUUCCAGCACUUUUUGCCUUUAUUUCUGUAGUAUCUUGCUUUUGUAAUUUUUAAUGGAGCUUCAUAAGUGGUCAUUGUGAGGCAUGGUCAACUUUUCCUUUGGAGUAAAAUCGUAUUAAAGAGCUUCUCGGCAAAUUGCUUGAAUUAUUUGCAAAAUCUUUCUUAACUCCUCAAGACAUAUUCUCGUAGAGUAUAACAUGCAAGAAUGUUUCCUUGUGCAUUUUUAACUUGUCUUUUGGAAGUUCUGAUCAUUAACAUUUUAAAAGAAAUUAUAUCGCUAUCAUCUCUUCCUAACCCAUCUCAUUCUAUCAUAUUGAAGUUUUUGUUUGCAGGAUUGAAGGAUCCGGAUCCUGUUGGCAUCAUUACAUUUUCUGCAAUGUCAUGUGGCAAAUCAAGAUUUUUUUUUUUAAAUCUCUACCUUCUAUGAUAUGGUGACGUUCUGUUGAGCUCUUCUAGUUUUCUAAUAAACUGAAUUUUAAGGUUGUCCUUUAUCAAAAUAAAUAAAUGACUUAAUAUGAACAUUGAUUUGGCUGUUUGGGGGAAACUCCGAAUGAUGAUAGCAAUAUUAUUUCUUUAAACGUCUGAAGAUCUUAACUCCCAAUAAACUAUGUUGCUUCA